AUGAAUAUAAAAUAUAAUGAUAUAUUGUACUCAGAAAGUGCUUUUUCACGUCCAGCAUCAAUUAACUCUAGUGAAAAUCUCAUAUGCAUAAAACGUGACGCAGUUACCACUGCUGAAAGCGACCUCCUAACAUUUGCACAGCGAAAAACUCAUUACAACAGCGACAAAUCACAUUGCAAAGAACUCUUCACUGCCAUCACACGACCUCGUAGUGUACGUGUGCUCUACGAGGAUGCGGCUAAAGUGUCAUCCGUCUCCUCAGCUGCAUCAUCACCGCGCUCAAAAUCAUUUGCCAUGGAUGGCAAUGCUAAUGGCGUUGAUGGUCUGGUGGAUAUAACUGGUACAGGUGCUACAACAGCUGCUGGCAGCGAUGAACUGGUUUGUACUCCUGUAUUUGGUAAAGCCCAUCGCAAGAUGCAAACCCGUAUCGAUGCUGAAAUUGAAAUAAGAUUGCCUGCCGCCAUUGAAGAAUUGCGUAAAUGGACAUCCACUGAAGCAUUGGGUGAUGUCACUGUAACGCCAGAUUGCAUGCAUCAUGUGGAUACUUCUAUUAGCACAUCCGUCAUAAUUGGUGAUAAUGGUGUACUGACACCAGCACUCUCUCCGUCCGUGCUAUCUGCUGAUGCUGUAGAUGCGCUCUAUUCCAUAAAUGUUAGUAAUGUCGUCGAUAAUUCCCAAAUUCCUAAUGACAUAAACAAAGAUGUGCCUUUAAAUCAUCGAUUGCCUUCUCCUGAGGAGCAAUGUAAAAUUAUAGCUUUAAGAUAUCCUGCCGAAGUUAUUUCAGUGGACACAUCGGGCAAACGUUUUCAACGUAUGUGCAUGGCGCGCAAGUCUACAACCGGUGUCUUUACCAAUUUGACCGACACGAAUAACUUAAAUGACGACGUUCAAACAGUGAGCCGUCGUUCACGUUCACGUAAGGUGCGCGGCAAACGACGAAACACAAUCGCUGGUAUUGAUCAAAAGGAAAUACAAGAUGCUGCAAAUGGCGAUGCAACUGCAACCAGCGGUGAACUUAAGAACACCACAAAUGCCGGCAUUGUCGCCGCCACUGGUACUGCAGCCGCCGCAGCCGUCAUUGAUGAAGAUGCCAACAGCAGACGUAGUGAAAAAUCCAAGAAAUUUGGACGCAGCAAAUCGAGCGAUAUCUUAAAAAAAGAAUCUGUUGCCUUGCCAUAUGACAAAGGGAAGAGCACAUUGACACGUCUUAAUUCAUUGAAGCAAUGGGGCCGUAAUCGGUUUAAAUUUAUGCAACGUAACGAGAGUGCAACGUUGACACUGAAUGCCAGCAACAAUAGCAGCAAUGGGCCAGACAAUGGCAAUUCCAUUACACAAAGUAGUGCCGCCAAUGAAAAGGCGGAACUGAAAACGAAUUGCAACAAUAGCAGCGGUAGUGGCAGCAGUGGUUCAUCAUACAAAACCUCUUCGCAUACUGCAGAUAGUGGCAAUAUCGAUGAUGAAUGUGUGGUGCACGAAUUGAUAAGCCAAAAGAACGAAGGUCGGUUUUCGCACGAACGAAAACCCUCAUAUUCGUCGUCUGAGAAGAGCAUGAGCGUUAGCAGCAGUGGACAUCUCAGGGGUAAGUUACAUUUGGCCACCUGUGGCAAUGUCAAGUUGCGCGAUACGUCAUCGUUGAAUCGUCAACGUCGCAAUGGUAUCACAGCGAAUGGUUUAUGCGGUAAAGAUGAACAGCCGCAUUCUUCGAGUGGCAAUUGGAGUGCUAGUUCGGAAUCGGGACGUGCUUCAAUCGGCAGCGAAAUAACAAUACAACCAAAAUCCAGCGCUUCAAAUACUUCACUGAAUGUCUCUAGUUUUCAUCCGGGUAGUGGACCGCCAUCAUCUAUGUUGAGUCGGCGCCGUUUUCUAAAUACAUCUGCUUCGAGUAGUGUAACAAGUGAGGGCACAGCAACACCAGACUUACAGGUAACAGAUGGUACGUAUCCUAAUCAUUUGGAUGAUGAGACAAGUUCUGCAUAUUCCUGCGACACAGAAGGUUAUUAUACAUCUUUUCAUAUGGAUAGCGGUUUACGUACGCUAAAAGAAGAAGAAACACUAAUUACACCUAUACAAAGUGGUCACAAUUUACAUACAAACAAUUAUUCUUUCGGUAGUCAAGCCAAUCAAACGGUACUUAGUGCAGAAAAUGAAUAUGAGCUCUUUGGCAGAGGUUCCACUUCGACGACAACAAGCUCUGCUGGCACCGUUUGCACCACACUUAUGAUGAAUGGUGAGCAGAGUAGUUUAAAUGGACUUGGACCAGAUGUGCCUGAACGCAUAAGUUCUUUGGGUAAGUUAAAUAAGAGCAAUCACAGCAACAGCGCUAGUACCAGCACAUUAGAGCGCAGCUACUCCAGUAGCACAAUUGGUAGCACUUUAGAACGUACUGGUACCAUCAAACGUAAUGUUAAUGCCAAUCUUAAAAUAUCACCGAUUGAUGGUUCCGACGUCACCGAUAAGUCCACUGAAACACCAGAAUCUCAAGAUGAUGAAUUCAACUUUGAGCAGCGCAUACGAAAACGCACUGCACAGCCACUGCCGGCAGCUAUAAUUUCAGAAAUAGAAUGUUCCGAAAGCUCGGAUUUAGAGGGUGUGGAACGUAUUGAACGCAUUAAACAAAAGACUGCUAUAAACGCCAAGCGUAUACCAUCUAUGUGUGUCAUAACGCCAACCACUAGUGAUGAUGAGAACCAAGCUAAGGACAAUGGUUUCGAUCCAAAUAAAACUUUAACAAACGAAAGCUCUCCCUGUGAGAAAGCUGCAGUAAAAGCUGAAGCUUUACUAGAAUUAAAAAUUAACGAAGCUGAAUACUCUACAGUUGAUGAGCUGCAAGCUGACAAAACACCACAACUAACACCCACUGGCGUUGCCAACAAGGAUUACAACUUAAAUGUACUCAAACGUAGUUCCAACUAUGGUUUCAAUAAUAUGCUUGAAAAGCUGAAAGUUGUAUUGCCAAACAUAAAGCGUUCGCCUAGCAAAAGCUCGUCAAGCUCAGCCCACGCUGUAGUGGACGAUGAUGAAUUGUACGACACAGCCGGUGAGUAUGUUACCAUAGCAGAUAUAAGCAAUAACAAUCGUCGCAAUCAGUUGCAAGCACCGAAGUCAGUGGGCACAAGCAGUCUUGGAAUUUACUAUUCCAAUGACAUAUAUAGGCGCAAAAACAGCGCCGACAGCACUAACAGUGUCGUCACGAAGGGUAACGAACCCGACACGCCAAAACGAGAGACAGAAUACGUUUCAUUGAAUGAGCUGCCGUAUCAUUUGCGUAAAAUUAAUAGUGACAGUGCAGCAACGGCGGCGGCACUGAGUGCAACUUAUGGCACUAACAAUGAAACCCACACUUCCAAUAUGAAAUUCAUCGACUGCGCAGAAUCCAAACAACAACAACAACAACUGCAACAGCAGCAGCAGCAACAAUGGCAACGAAAACAAAGCGAAAGCACAAAUGUGGUCCCGAUGUAUGCGGAAAUUAGCGAGCUUACAGAAAAGUCAUCGCACAGUUCACCCUUGGCACAGCAUAAGGGAGCGCGUGUACGGGUAAAUGCACAAGGAAAAAUUAUUUACGAUUCCGACAGUUUGAAACGACGCAAAGGCGCGCACACAACAUUCGCACCUGGUCCGUAUGUAAAAGAAACUGAAAGUGCGCUUAACGAAAACGCAGUAGAAAGUAUAACGGCAACGAAAUCGCAACAACAACAGCAACAAAUCGGUAAUAGUGAAAGUGCGAAUUGCAUAGUGCCAAGAAGCGCAGCCACAAGUGCAGCUAAAUUACUUUUCUUGAAUGGUGGCAUCGCUGCCAACAGAAAAGUGGCCAAUGUGCGUCCGAUAGUAUCAACAUCGCCAUUGUCACAACAAACCCAACGUCUACAGCAACAGCAACAACAACAGCAACAAUCAUUCAACAUGCCUAUUACAACAUAUAUGGACCAACAACCACAACAACAACACGAACCUCUUUCCUACAAUUCCUAUCAAGAAAACAAAAAUCUAUUAGCUAAUCACACAAAUCCCUUUUUCCAAUCCACAAUGAUGCCCUCACCAUCAACCAAAUCCACCUCCUCGACUGGUUCCACCAUAUCAACAUCGACGAACACAAGUGGCUCAACUGCAUCCACUGCUUCAUCAUCAACAUCCUCUUCGACGGCGAAAGAAGAAGGUUAUCAACAUUUUUAUAAGGCGACCAAUGGUAUGCAGACCCAGCAUCAGGAAAAACCAACACUGCCAUCUCAACAGGCACCGCAGUUGACACAACAACAAGCGGAUAUAACUUCAGAGACAGAUGCCACUGUCACUGCCAACACACCGUUUCAACGCAAUACGCCCAUUUACUGGACAUUGCAGAAUCGACGGCAAACGAAGAAUCAAACGAUGAGCGCAACAAGUCGUGAUGAUUUGUAUGCCACGCCUAUACGACGUGCAGAUCGAGUAGCACGUGCUGCAGCUGCCGGAAAUGCAACAGCGUCUAACAGCCAUAUAUCACCGAUUGUGCCACGUAAUCGCAGCAAUUUCUUAACAUCCACGCCCACUAAAAUAGUGGACAGCGAACUGCCAGCGGAUGAUAUACCCGCCAAACAGCCAACAUCGCGCAUUGCUAACUGGGAUGACAAUUCUCCGGAGCGUCUGAAUACUUGUGCUGAUCGCAUAGGUCAAAGCAAAACAAGUCUAAUGGACUUUAAAAAAUUAUUAUUGGCAAAAUCAACGAAAACUAGUCCAAUACAAAAGAAAGUCUCCGCAGUAGAACUGUUGAAGAAGACAAACGGUAAUAGCACUACAGCGCCAAAUACCAAUAACAAUACCAAUUCAGCAGUGCAGUCAGUUAAUUCAAGUAUGAAAUUACUUGAUCUCAGUGGUUCGCCGAAAACAUUCGCCAACAGACGUAUGCUGCGACAAGGGCAAUUCGGUUCGCCUUCUAAAUCUUUUGCACCAAAAUUGAAAAGCUCUCCGGCUGCCACUUGGCGCGCAAAUAAUGUGCCACGUACCGAUAUAAUGUCGACAACCAUACCAGAGGCGAACAGUGAGGAAGAUCACUCGAAUACAAGCGGUUCGAAUAGCUCGAGAACAAGCUCUGAAGUAGGUGAUGCUACCGAACAACGUGAGAUCUCCGCGCAAGAACGGUUCGAUCUUAAACGUAAUUUUUUUUUACAAACAGAAGAAAAUAAUUUCAUGCGUGGUGAAAUGAAGCAUAAUUUCGGUAAAAAUGCAGUAAGUGCCAAUAAAUAUGUCAGCGGCCCCGUAGGUGCAGCUGUAGCCAAAUUUAACGCGAGCAGUCACAUUGAUGUGGAGCCGACAGCGAGUAAAAAUGGACCCGUAAACAAUAUGAGUGCUUCUAUGCCAGCAUUGGAAACUGCACUUUAAAUGUUCAAUCCAGUUGGCCAAUUUUCAAUUCUUUAUUGCCAAUGGAUCCCUGCGGGUUCUUACCGAAAACCCCAACAAAAUUUAGUAACAAGCGCAAUUCUACUUUUUAUAUAAGGAAAUUAAGCAAAACAUAAAGCUAUGGAGAAAUUUUAUUGUAUUUCUGAUUUUCGAAGAGUACAUUUAAGCUGCUAAUACAUAUUAUAUACAUAGAUAUUUACAUAUACAAAUGCAUACUUACAUACCCACUUAUACAUAUUUAUGCAAUUAUUGCGCCUUUUAGGAUUUGUUCAUAAUUUGUUAAACAUUUUUAGUACUAUGGUAUAUAUCGGAAUAAUAUAAAGAAAAAAGUAUUGUAGUUGAUAAAUGUCAGACCCGCGGAGUUACACGUAGUAAAUCAUUUCAAAAAUUAUAUAGAUUAAAAUCGGAAGAAGUAUAUUUUUCUUUCUAUUUCAUUUUAAGCGAAGCUCUGACUGUAAACUUAGUAUUCCUAAACACUGGAACUAAUUUGCCUUUCGAUUCAUUUUAAUUUUAUUGGAAACUCUAUAUAUACAAUAUUAUAUUUUAAUAAAAUUAUAGUUUUAA